AUGAAGAUACCAAAUCCUCGUGUGUAUUUAGAUGUUGCUAUAGGAGGGAGAAAUGCGGGGAGAUUGAUAUUUGAGCUCUUCAUGGAUAAGUUACCAAUAACCUGUGAAAAUUUUCGAUGUCUCUGUACAGGUGAAACAGGCUUAGGUUAUUACCUGAAACCCCGUUGGUACAAGAAUUCUCCCAUUCAUAGAAUUGUCACAGAUUUUAUGUUCCAAGGAGGGGACUUCAAUUUUGGGAACGGCUUUGGAGGAGAGUCCAUAUACGGCCAAUACUUCCGAAACGAAAAAUUUAUUUUCAAACAUUCAAAAAGAGGUGUGCUAUCCAUGUGCCAAACUAGGAUAAAACACACAAAUAAUUCUCAAUUUUUUGUAACCUUUAAAAGUUGUCCUUGGCUUGAUAAGAAGCAUGUAGUUUUUGGUCACCUUGAAUACGGAUAUGACACGUUGUCCUUUAUUGAGGAACAGUCUACUUUAAUUGGUCGUCCCAAGAAGCAAGUUUAUAUUUACAAUUGCGGGGUUAUACCACUGGAUAGAAUAAAAAACAAGUUGCAUGCGAAGUCUGAUGAUGAUUACGUUAUACCGGAAAUAGAAAUGCCGUUGUUAGAACGUGACGUAAAUUUUAAUGAAAAUUCAGACUUUAGUGAAUUAAAAAAUAUAUACAAAAAUAGCAAGCGUUUUUAA